AUGGCAUCGAGUAAUUGUAUAGAGAUUACAAUUCAAAAGACAUUAAUUUCCAUUAUCGAUAUAUCAAUGAAAAUAAAGAACGAAUUAGAUAUAAUUAAUGAAUUGGUAAAAACGCAUGGACAACUUCACACAGCAGUUAUUGAUGUGAAUGAAGUAUUAACUACUGUUGCCCAAAACAUGAAGAUAAAUGUUAACAGUGUUUUGCAGAAUGUUGAUAACGAAAAUGAAUUGGAAGUUAACUUAAGGAAUGUUUUGUCUGCUGCUGAUUUCCAAGAGAAAAUAUUUGCAUGUUUG